AUGCCAACCUGCCCCCAACGGCCAAUUUUUGGAAGAAGAGUGUUGGCAAAUAGAGCCGAGCUUGAAGCAUGUUUGGCGCAACCAGUGGCCAAUACAGCUGACAUUGCCACAUGGGAUGUUUCCCGGAUUCGUGACUUCAGUGGCUUGUUUCAAAAUCGAACUUUGUUCAACCGCGACAUCAAGAACUGGGAGACCAGUCAAGUUGUGAACAUGGCGCGCAUGUUUAAUGAAGCGAGAAGUUUCGACCAAGAUAUCAGCAACUGGGAUGUUUCAAAUGUCCAAGACAUGGCACGCAUGUUUGAGGGAGCGGAACUUUUCAACCAAGUUGUCAGCAUCUGGGAUGUGUCAAAUGUCCAAGACAUGACUGGCAUGUUCAAAUGCCCCUCUGGUGAUUGUGCCUUCAAUCAAGACAUCUCGGAAUGGAAGGUCAAACAAGUGGCCAACUUUGAUGAAAUGUUCUAUGGUGCAAUCGUUUUCAACCAAAAUUUGUGUGCUUGGAAUGUUCAUCUACCUUUCACAGGAGCUUUGCCAAGUUUCUCCAGCACGUUCCAUGGUAGUGGCUGUCCCACUUCAACAACCGUACCAACUCUGGUAAUUGAUCCAGUAUCAAGUGUUGGGAUCUGGUCUCCUUUGUGUGAGAUUUGCCCCCUCAAUCCUACAAGCGCUCUAACAGUCAAUCCCUCCAGCAUUCCCUCGGCCAACCCAUCAUCUGUGCCUUCCCUGUCACCCGGUCCUUCAGCCACUCCAUCAUCUACGCCUUCGGUUCCACCCUCCUCGGUGCCUUCCAUUGUGCCUUCAGGCCAGCCGUCCCUGUUUCCUUCGUCAGUGGCUCCAUCCUUCGCACCCUCAGGCGCCUUCACAAUCCUAAACGU